UAGACUAUAGAAAGGAGAAUAAAAUGUCCGUACUUGUUUCCUUUGUCGUCAUCGUGUGCACUAAAUAAUUUACUCAUACUCACUGUGAAUUUCAGCCGUUUUCGAUAGAGGAAAAGAUAAUGGAAAGUUUUUAUUAGCAUCAGAUAGAGAAAGGUAUUGAUUUUUCUAAGUUUUAUUAUUUUUAAAUUGGAUUCUGGGCACUGAGUUGUAAUGACGCCAUUUUGAUCAUAAAAUAAUUUUUGCGUCAAACGCAGUGAUCGAACCAUCAACUUGAUACGUGUGAAGUGAACUGUUGCUAAUAAAAUGGCAGAAAAUAAUUCAAAAGAACCUCCUAUACAGACUAUGAACGGUAUGCCGCCCAAUCAUAACCCCUGGAUGUAUGGCAUGUAUCAUCACCAGUACAAUGGAAUGGGAUACGGUGGAAUGUACCCACCGUACUUUAAUCCCUAUUUUAACCAAAUGGGCAAUAAUGGAGGGUAUUCUAACAAUAAUAGUCAACAUUUAUUACAAAUGAACAAACCUAAAAACAAUUUUGGGCCGCCACAAUUUUCCAAGCCCCCUCCUGCUCCAUUGUUAGGAAUGUCGCCACUUGACCCAAAUCGACCCUUUUUUAACCAAUCUCCCAUUAGAUUUAAUCUCAACGGUAAUAGAAAAACUGCACCAAUCCCACCAAAUGAAAAUCCUCUUUUGGGUAACAAUGGAUCAAAAAAUAAACGCAAAAAAGGGAAUAAAGCGUUUAACGAUGAUGAUGACGAUGAUAAUGAUGUGAACACUUCUCCAAAUGCUUUGCCUCCUUUACCCAGUCAUCCUCCUCCCCUGCCCCCUUGCCCACCUCCUGAAAUUCCUAAGCCACCCCCACCACCACCAAUUGACGUUCCAUUACCACCUCCAUUGGCUACUGAAGAUAUCCCAGAACCACCAGAGGAGCCUAAAAGCGAAAGCAUUCAGGAGAAGGAAGCUAAAGAUGUUUUUCUAAACAAUGAUUCCUCACACCUUUUAAACUCAUCAUCAAUGUGUCAGACUUCAUCUGGAACAUGGCCAGAGAGUUUGGAAAGAUACAUCAAAAGAUGUUAUGAGAAAUGUAAAACAGCCUUUGAUCGUGACCAGAUAGAUAUAUGUUUAAAGGGAAGAAUUACAGCAGCAGCAAACAAAGAUGAAAUAUGGACUAGAAAUUGGGAUGAGGAACCAAUACCUAGUGUUCACAGUGAACGUAAUAACUUAUCUGUGAAACCCUUACCUGUGCGUGGGACAUUGUCAUUGUAUCAAAAACAUGAGCAAGAAUCAUCUAAAAGUAGGUCUAGCCAUGGUUUUCACAAAACAUCUCCACAAAGGAGACGUAGGCAGCACUCUAGGGGUACUAGGAGUAGAUCUAAAUCCAGGAGUCCACCUAGAAAGAGAACUAGUGCCUCCUCGGCUUCUGGUGAUGAAAUUGAAGAGAAAAAGACUUUCAAAAGUAAAGGUCGUCAGAAGGUCAAAGAUAGGUUAUCUUUAGAUCAGAAAAAGACAGAUAAAUACAAGAAUUCCAAAAAGAAGUCUAAUUAUACUGAAUUUGUUCUUGAAGAUGUUCCAGGAAAUGCAGAAAAGCUACAAAAAAGAGCAGAAAGAUUUGGAAACUCAGGUCAUGUACCCUCCAUAGCAAGUUCAAUUCAACCAGGUAAGAAGGGAGAACCAUGUACAAGAAGGCCUAUUGUUGAAGAUACUGAAGGAGAUUAUGAUUUGAAUGACAUGCAUAUUGUGGGGACAUGCUUAGACAUUGAAAAAUCAUUCUUGAGACUUACUAAAGCUCCAGAAGCAUGUGAUGUGCGACCUGUGUCUGUCUUAAGAAGCUCCCUGAAAAAUGUCAAGGAAAGAUGGAUUGAAAGACAAGACUACAGAUAUGCUUGUGAUCAAUUAAAGUCUAUAAGACAGGAUUUGACAGUGCAAGGAGUACGGGAUAACUUUACAGUAGAAGUAUAUGAGACUCAUGCCAGAAUAGCUUUAGAAAGAGGUGAUCAUGAAGAAUUCAAUCAGUGCCAAACGCAACUGAAAAUGCUGUAUCAUGAGCUACCUGACUGCAGAACUAACACAGCAGAAUUUACAGCAUAUCGGAUAUUGUAUUAUAUUUUCACCAAAAACACUUUAGAUAUAACUACAAUAUUCCAAAGUCUCUCCAAGGAAGAAAGAGAAAAUGAAUGUAUAAAUCACGCACUGCAGACGAGAUGUGCUUGGGCGACAGGAAAUCUGCACAAAUUUUUCAUUUUGUAUAAAACAGCUCCCCUGAUGGCAGGCUACCUAAUGGACUGGUUUGUGGAGAGAGAACGGAAACUGUACCUCAAAUACAUCAUUAAGUCCUACAGGCAGACAGUUCCCGUGGACUUCAUCGUUCGUGAGCUGGCGUUUGAGUCAACUCCUAAGGCCUUCGAAUUUUUAAACAAAUUCCCCAUUACAUAUACUGCCGAAGACCAAACUCAAAUAGAUUGCAAGGCCACUCAUGCAACUUUAGGCAGUAUAUAACAUUUUGUGCUUGAUAAAAGCGAUCGUAAUAGUCGUAUCAUUAUGUCGUGUUGUUGCGUGGUGAUGUAAUGACCACGCGCCGCAGGGUUCACCACUUUUGCAGCAUUAUUGUCCUGAUUGGUGUCAUUCGCAGCAUUAUUUCAUCAGCUUAAACAGGAUCAAGCGGCAAACUAUCAACACAACAUUGAGUUACUACAGCAGAAGAUUGCAUCAAUUAUCAAGAAAUCGACUUCGCAAGAAACACGGUCGCGCAAGUUUCAGUGUCUAAAUAUGAACAAUAUUAAUGAAGUUACAGUGCUAACAAA